AUGGCGUUCGGAAAGAUCUACAGUUACCCCCAAAACCCUCGCACAACUGUUCUCUUAGCUGUUGCUAAGGCGAACGGUCUUGAUGUCGAGAUUGUCCAUGAGGAGCCUGCCAAGGGUGUGAGCGCUGAGUACCUCAAGAUCAACCCCCUCGGAAAAGUCCCCACCUUCCAGGGUGAAGACGGAUUCGUCCUCUCUGAGUGCAUUGCUAUCGCUAUCUACCUUACCGCCCAAAACGAGAAGACCACUCUUCUCGGAAAGACCAAGCAGGACUAUGCUCAGAUCCUGAAGUGGAUGUCUUUCUCCAACUCUGAGGUCCUCUCCAACCUCGGUGGCUGGUUCCGUCCUUUGGUCGGUACUGCUGCAUACAACAAGAAGUCCGUUGAUACCGCCAAGGCUGCGACCCUUAAGGUUAUCGGUGUUUUGGAACAGCACCUCCUGAGCCAGACCUUCCUUGUCGGCGAGAGACUUACUCUUGCUGAUUUGUUCGCCACCUCCAUCCUUGCCCGCGGAUUCCAAUACGUCUUUGACAAGGAGUUCCGCGCUGAGCACCCCAACCUUACCCGUUGGUACACUUUGAUCCACAGCCAGUCCAUCUACACCGAGGCCGCUGGCGAGCUCUCAUUCAUUGACGAGGCCAUCCAGUACACCCCUCCCAAGAAGGAGCCCAAGAAGGAGCAGCCCAAGAAGGAGGCUGCCCCCAAGGCUGAGAAGCCUGCUCCCGAGGAAGAGGAGGAGGAGGACAAGCCAGCUCCUAAGCCAAAGCACCCCCUUGAGGCCCUUGGAAAGCCCACUUUGGCUCUUGAUGACUGGAAGAAGAAGUACUCUAACGAGGACACCCGCUCAGCUGCCCUCCCUUGGUUCUGGGAGACUGUCAACUUCGAGGAGUACUCCCUCUACAAGGUUGACUACAAGUACAACGAUGAGUUGACCCAGGUCUUCAUGUCCUGCAACUUGAUUGGCGGCUUCUUCAACCGUCUUGAGGCUUCCCGCAAGUACCUCUUCGGUUCCGCCUCCGUGUAUGGUGCCAACAACGACUCUGUUAUUACUGGUGCCUUCUUGGUCCGUGGACAGGAGCACCUCCCUGCUUUCGAUGUUGCCCCUGACUUUGAGUCAUACGAGUUCACCAAGCUCGACCCUACCAAGGCUGAGGACAAGGAGUUUGUCAACGACGCCUGGGCCUGGGACAAGCCUGUCACCGUUGGCGGAAAGACCUACGACCACGCUGACGGAAAGGUCUUUAAAUAG